CUUCCAUGUUCAAUCUCUAUAUAUACGUAUAACUGGAUGACACUUCCCAUUGUCUCUCAGUGCUUACUUGAAGACAAUGCAAGAACAAAGCAGUAGCCAUGGCGGUACCUCUUCUAGCUACAGAGGGGUUCGCAAGAGAAAAUGGGGGAAAUGGGUGUCUGAGAUACGCGAGCCUGGGAAGAAAAAUCGGAUUUGGUUGGGAAGUUUUGAGACUUCUGAAAUGGCAGCCACUGCUUAUGAUGUUGCAGCUUUACAUUUCAGGGGACGUGAAGCCAAGCUUAAUUUCCCUGAGUUGGUUAAUCAUCUUCCUAAGCCUGCAAGUUCCAAUGCUGAAGACAUUCGCAUGGCUGCUCAUGAGGCUGCUUUACGUCUCAGGACGCCUGUGAAGGAGCCUGAAGGUGGUGGAAGCUCGAAUAACGUGGUGGGUCCGGUGACUGUCAGGCUGUCGCCGAGCCAGAUUCAGGCUAUCAACGAGUCACCUUUGGAUUCACCAAAGAUGUGGAUGGAAAUGGCAAUGGUUGAAGAGUCUAUGAUGUUUUCCAAUGAUGCUGGAGAGGACGAUGACUGGAAUUAUAACAUGCAAAAUGAUUCUCUUUGGGAUCCUUAGGUAAUUAACGAUUUGAUUAAUGGGUUUCUUCCUAUAACAUUUAGCUCCUUAAUUACUAACAUUUAGCUCCUUGAGAGCCAGAAAGACCAAUUAAGUUAAUGUUGAUUAAAAAUAUAAAUAUUUUUUUAUGUAUAUUGUAAAAAAAAAAAAGAAAAUUAAACUCUUGAUAUAUAUUUUUAUAUAAUAAAAAUAAUAUUUUUUUAGUAUAAAUCAUUCCAUCUGAAAUUUAUUAAUUAGAUUAGAUUUAUUAAAAGAACAAAAGUGUUUUUAUUCGGCUAGAGUUUUUAUUGAUAACUAUUAAUGGGUAGUGCAUGAUGAAUUGGAUUGGCAAAUAAAUUAAGGAAAUGGAUUCAAAGGGAAUGAGGGUUUGAUGGAAUAGUAUCCAAAAGAGCUGAUUUGGAGGAGAUGAAGGAAGACCAUUGUCUAUUCUACUUUGUGAUUUUUUAAAAGUGGAAGUUUUUUUUUUUAUUAUUAAAAAAAAUAGAGGUGGAAGAUUUUUGGUGGGCCCAGAAGAUGAUUUCAUGGACUAGGGCAUGGGGCCACACAUGGACUCUCCUCCUUGCAUAAAGAAAUAAAAUUUUUGUCAACUUCUUUGUUGGUUUUGGCUUGUUUGUACUAUAUAUAAAUUGUAUUAUAAUAAAAUUUAGUUGUUUUUA